GGGGCAUGCUUAAAUCGGAGGUGUAAGACCCGUUUAUUAAAAUCUAGGGAAAACUACAUUUACCUCCCAUGAGGUUUCCCCUUAAACAAACGUUUGUUACUUAACCCCGGCCACCAACAAAAAUAAAUUCACAGCUGAAUUUCCAAUGCUAGAACGAAAAUUACGAUGUUGGUUUGUCAAAAGAGAGGUUCUAUAACAUAGAUUUCUCAUGUUUCACAUAGUUUUCUGGAUCUGUCGACUUCGUCAGCUUUUCGAUUACGAUUUUCUCUCUCGGAUCUGUACUUUUCUUUUUGACGUCGAGAAGCCUUUGUCUCAUUCACAGAUGGAAUCUCUCUAAAGUCUAAACCAACAUGUUGGAAUUUUAUUUUGAAUCAUUUUUUCAACUUUCUUUUGAAUCAUAUCAUAUGCUCUAAAUUUGACAGGAAAAAAGCUUGUCGAGCAAAUUUGCUUGUAGUUUACUAAUUCACUUAGAUACCUUCUAUUUUGUCUGUUAAAACGUAUGAAGAACAAAGUAUGAAGAAGCAGUAUAGAAGAGUAGACGUUUCAGAGAAAAAACAGCUGGGUAUGUUUCAGAGAAAUGAAUUGUUGUUUUUGAGACAAACUAAGGUUUUCCAACUGUUAACUUAUGACUAACAGAGUUAACAUCAAAUAAUUCUUUCAAAACAAGGAAUACAAUGGAAAGAAAAAAAUAUUUUAAAAUCAAAAUAGUCUUUUAUAAUAAUUAAUAAAAUCUCACACCUACAGAGGUGCUAAAAUGCAGUCUUUUGUGAUAUACAAGAAAUUUUCAAACGAUUGGUUACAUAGUUUUUUUCGCAUAGAAAUUCCAAAAUGUUGAAUAUUUACAUACUUGUUUAUAUGUUAUUUUCAAAUUAUUGGACUCUAAUGCUUCAUGUUGUCAUUUUCUUAGUUCCCAUCAUUGUUUUCAAUGAAACCAAAUGACCCGGAAAAAAAAAAAAAAAAAAGACAUGACACAUGCAAACGACAAGCAUAGUAACUUUAGAACAUAACUAGCAUACCAUACAAAUAAAAGUUACAUAAAAUUGUUUUUAAUGAAGUAGCAGCCAAUGCAAUAGAUCUUCAUCAACAAGAAAAAACAGCUUUCAAAGCUUACAAAAUAUAAUAUAAUAUAAUAUAAUAUAAUAUAUUGUACUUAAACAAAAGUAUAUCAUAGAAAAAAAUAAGUUCCAAAAUGACUCAUAUAUAUGGCCGGCUAUAACCAGCUCAUAAUUAGAAUGUCGAACUUUGUCAUUGUCACCCUUUAAACCAUUGAAGUUUAAUUUCAUAUGCACACUCUAUUUCAUAUAUCAAUAGUCCUCUUAUUUAUUUUCAUUCAUUAUAUUUUCUUAGAAAGAACACAUUUUAGUUCAUGCACUCAUUAUGAUGACUCAUAAAAGAGCAUACUAUUGCAUUUUCAUACUCUUUAUGUUGUUCAUUAAUUUAGAGCCUACUUUUGGUGACACAAAUGGUCAAAUUUUGAUAAGGUUCAAAAGUUUUUUGUCCAAUGCCAAUGCUUUAAACAAUUGGGUUGAUGAGGCUAAUUUGUGCAAUUGGGCUGGUUUGUUAUGCACAAAUAACAAGUUUCAUGGAUUGAGAUUAGAGAAUAUGGGACUAGGUGGGAAAAUUGAUGUAGACACAUUGGUUGAAUUGACUGAUUUGGUUAGUUUUAGUGUCAAUAACAACACAUUUGAGGGUCCAAUGCCUGAAUUCAAGAAGCUUGUGAAGUUAAGGGGAUUGUUUUUGUCUAAUAAUAAAUUCUCUGGUGAAAUUUCAGAUGAUAGUUUUGAGGGUAUGGGAAAUCUUAAAAGGGUAUUUUUGGCAGGAAAUGGGUUCAAUGGUCAUAUUCCUCUUUCACUUGCUAAAUUGCCUAGACUUUUGGAUUUGGAUUUGCAUGGGAAUAGUUUUGGAGGUAACAUACCUGAAUUUCAACAAAAUGGUUUUAGAGUAUUUGACUUGUCUAACAAUCAGUUGGAGGGUCCAAUACCAAAUAGCUUAAGCAAUGAGCCUUCAACUUCAUUUUCUGCCAACAAAGGCCUAUGUGGAAAACCUUUGAACAAUCCUUGCAACAUACCUCCAACAAAAUCUAUUGUGCAAACUAAUUCAGUUUUCUCAACUCAAGGAAAUGGAAAGAAGAACAAAAAAAUCCUUAUAGUUGUCAUUGUAGUGGUAUCUAUGGUGGUUUUAGCUUCAAUAUUAGCACUUUUGUUUAUCCAAAGCCGCCAGCGACGAAGAUCAGAACAAGACCAACCCAUAAUAGGGCUACAACUGAAUUCUGAAAGCAAUCCAAGUCCAAGUGUCAAGGUGACAAAAUCCAUUGAUUUAGCUGGUGAUUUUAGUAAAGGUGAAAAUGGAGAAUUGAAUUUUGUUAGGGAAGAUAAAGGUGGUUUUGAGUUGCAAGAUCUUCUUAGGGCUUCAGCUGAAGUGCUUGGAAGUGGAAGUUUUGGAUCAACUUAUAAGGCAAUAGUUUUGAAUGGACCAACUGUGGUGGUUAAGAGAUUUAGGCACAUGAAUAAUGUUGGUAAACAAGAGUUUUUUGAACACAUGAAAAAGCUUGGAAGUUUGACACAUCCUAAUCUACUUCCUCUUAUUGCAUUCUACUACAAAAAAGAAGAGAAGUUUUUGGUUUAUGAUUUUGGUGAAAAUGGAAGCUUGGCUAGUCAUCUACAUGGUAGAAACAGCAUUGUACUAACCUGGUCAACUCGUCUAAAAAUCAUAAAAGGAGUAGCAAGAGGCUUAGCACACCUCUACAAAGAAUUCCCUAAACAAAACCUACCACAUGGUCAUCUAAAAUCCUCCAAUGUAAUGCUAAACAUUUCCUUUGAGCCACUUUUAACUGAGUAUGGACUUGUACCUAUAACAAACAAAAACCAUGCACAACAAUUCAUGGCAUCCUACAAAUCACCAGAAGUCACACACUUUGAUAGACCAAAUGAAAAAACAGACAUAUGGUGUCUUGGAAUCCUCAUACUAGAAUUAUUAACAGGAAAAUUUCCAGCAAAUUAUUUAAGACAUGGAAAAGGCGAAAAUUCCGAUUUAGCAACAUGGGUGAAUUCAGUUGUAAGGGAAGAAUGGACAGGUGAAGUGUUUGAUAAGAAUAUAAUGGGGACAAGAAAUGGUGAAGGUGAGAUGUUGAAGCUUUUGAGGAUUGGAAUGUACUGUUGUGAAUGGAGUGUUGAGAGAAGAUGGGAUUGGAAAGAAGCUUUGGAUAAGAUUGAAGAGCUUAAGGAGAAUGAUGGUGAAGAUGAAUCUUUUUCUUAUGUUAGUGAAGGUGAUUUGUAUUCAAGAGGUGCAACUGAGGAUGAAUUUUCUUUUUCUGUUACUGAUUCACAGGCUGAUAAGUUUGGAAAUGUUACAGGCUAGGGUUUGUUUAAUUAACAUGUUAUGUGAUCCAACAAUUUAUUUUAAACCUUUGAUAUUUGAUGUUUUGUUGA